ACUUUUUUUUUUUUUCGUUCCAGAGCCUGAUGACGGGCUAUGGCCUGGAAGAUGAUGACGAUGAUGACGACGAGAGCAGUGCCGAUGACGACGAUGCUGCUGCUACUGCUUCUGCGAAACCGGCGAAGUCGGUCUCCUGGGCGGAUCCGGUGGACGACUCCGGGGAGACGGGUCCAGGGCAAGGCGCGGCGAUCGGUAGCGGCGGUAGUGGCAGUGAUAGUGGUAGUAGGAGCGGCGGGGCCCGUCAGGCUGGAGGAGAGCCUGGCGCCGUCCUGAUGACGGCGUCUUCGUCGUCGUUGCCAGCAGCGGGUGGGACGGGGGGGGGAGACGACGACGAUGGAGCGGGACAAGGGUUCCAGAUUGGAGCGGUCCAUCUCUACAAGAAGCAGCAAGAGAAGCGGGAGACGGAGGAGAGACGAAAACGGUUCCGGCAACAGGUGGUGGAACAGCAAAGAGACUUUCGGCGUGCGCUAGCGCGCAACACGGGGCCGUGAGAUAGGCGCCGCCAGCGAUGUUUUCGUGCUUCCCUGUCUCUCCAACAGUAGUGGUGGAUGUGUCUGUUCGCUGUGGUUGUUCUCUUUCGUUGGUGACCUUUUGACGUACGGAAUAGAGCAGAGCGGGACCUGCAUCGGUUGUUGGUGUGCGCGUGUGGGUUGCCCCGUCCCUCCGCGUGACGCCAUCACCCUCGAUCCGCCCCGGCUUGUGCUGAGGAGCUACGCAGAAAGGGCGGGUGGGUUUCUCUGACAGACCGCCGACUCGAUUGUAGCUUUGUGGUGGAGAUGCCUUUUAGCAACGGUGGAGCAGAGUGAGAUGUUGUGUCCCAGCCUUUCCCCGUGGUACAUAGAUAUAGACUAUUGUUCGGAGCUAUCUGCCCUUCCUGCGGUUGGUUCUCAUCGAGGAGGCUCUGCCAUGGAGACGCCAACCAGAGUCGUAGUUCGCAUGUACCAUGUGCGAUUUCCACGGGCUUGCGUGAAGUUCUUGAUUCGACUGUUUUGGCUGCUAGCGUGCAACCGUCUUCGAAGAGAAAGAGGCGGCAGCAGGAGAGCACACCGUUUGCAAGGUCGCGGUGGUUCCUGCCCUAGCGCUUCGCCCGGGGUGUUUCGGCCACCAUGAUUUUGGAUGCGAUGGGCGUGUAAGUGUAAACUUUUAGGCCGACUAGACUAUAUGUUGACCACUGGUUGGCGCUUGCUGUGUGGGAAAAGAAAGCUCUUGCCUCUCGUCGGUCACCAAGAAAUGCUGAUGGUGUCACUGCUGUUAUGCGUGUAGACCGUACGCUCGUUUCGUUGUUGUUUUCGCAUUUAUGACGAUGUCGGAACCGGGCGUUUUCGUCAGCGUCUCGGCUCCGGGAGUGAUGGGGGGUUGCGUGGUGUAUGCGUCGGAGGCGUUGGUAUUGUCAAUGAUAAUUGAGCAGGUUGUAACUA